AUGGCAGCUGCCCAAGCCAAUGCCAAUGCUGGAGGAGGUGGAGCUGGUGCUAAAAGUGGCGGAGGAGGAGGCCAUGCCGAAGGUCCAACCUCAGCCGAUUUUGAAAACAUCGACGUCGAGCACUUUCUUGGCUAUAUCUGGGUAGCCUUCGUGUCCGUCUUCAUCAUAUACCAAAUCGCCUUCCACUUCGUCCGUUACGUUCGAACAGUAGCCUGCCUCAACAACGACACCCAGAAGUACUUCGCUGCUCCUCAUGUUCUUUUCGCCCGUUUCAAGAAGCAUCUACUGGAUGCUCCGCUUUUCCGGACCCGACAUCACCGCGAAUUCAAGUUAUCAACCGCUAUCAACAUUGGCACGUUACCCAGCCGUCUGCAGACUCUUCUUCUCGUUGGGUACUUCAGUACCAAUGUGGGUUUCUGUGUCUGGAGCAUUGAUUGGAAUGGCCAGUAUUCUGCAGUUGCCGGCGAGUUCCGCAACCGUACCGGUGUCAUGGCUGUCGUCAACAUGAUUCCAUUGUUCUUGCUCGCUGGACGAAACAAUCCAUUCAUAACAUUUUGCGGCAUCUCCUUCGAUACGAUGAAUCUGAUCCACCGUUGGUUUGGCCGCAUUGUGGUUCUCGAAUCUGUUGCUCAUACCGCUGCAUAUUUUGCCAGCAAGGUGCAUACCAAGGGUUGGCCUGCUCUUCAAGCAUCCAUUACAGGAUCUGAAUUCAUCAUGACUGGCUUUAUUGGCACCGUGUGCUUCGUGUUUCUUCUUAUCCAAUCGCCUUCUGCUGUCCGCCAUGCGUGGUACGAAACUUUCUUGCACUUCCACUUUAUUGCGGCGGCCACUGCAGUGGGUGCUGUGUGGGUUCAUCUCAAGCAACGACCCCAGCAAUACUUGCUCUACGGAGUAGUCGCCUUAUGGGCCUUUGAACGCACAUAUCGUCUUGUCCGACUUGUCAUCCGAAAUAUCGGAAGUGGUGGCACUAAGGCUGAUGUUGAAGUGCUGCCAGGCGAUGCACUCCGUGUCACAGUUCGCAUGGCUCGCCCCUGGAGAUUCCGCCCUGGUCAGCAUGCAUAUCUGUACUUGCCAACUGUCGGACUCUGGACCAAUCACCCCUUCUCAUUGGCCUGGAGUGAAGAAGAAGAAGAUCUCAACAUCUCGACCAUGGUAGCCGAUGAAAAGGGCCUUCCAAUGAGUCGCCAAGAUAUUUUGGAGAUGCACAAGACCAGCAUGUCAUUUAUUGUUCGCCGCAGGACCGGUUUCACCGAGAAGCUCUAUAAGAAGGCUGAUCUCUCCGCUGCCGGCAAAUUUACGACUACGGCAUUUGUCGAAGGUCCUUAUGGUGGCGAAAAUCUCACUUCCUAUGGCACAGUAAUGCUCUGGGCUGCCGGUAUUGGUAUAACCCACCAAGUUCCUCACGUGCGGGACCUUGUCGCCAAAUACGCCAACGGGACCACUGCCACCCGCCGCCUAACACUCGUCUGGAUCAUCCAAUCUCCGGAACACCUUGAAUGGAUUCGUUCUUGGAUGACCCAGAUUCUGUCCAUGCCUCGCCGUCGUGAAAUUCUUAAGAUCCUCCUCUUUGUCACUCGACCAAGGAGCACGAAAGAAAUCCACUCUCCCAGCUCUAGCGUCCAAAUGUUCCCUGGCAAGCCCAACGUUCAGGCCUUGGUAGACCAGGAGAUGCAGGAGGGCGUGGGCGCUGCCUGUGUCAGCGUUUGUGGAACGGGCUCACUGGCCGAUGAUCUGCGUCGCGCGGUGCGCAAUCGCGAGAGCAAAUGGAAUGUUGACUUCCGCGAGGAAUCUUUCUCGUGGUAA